AUGUCUAUAAGUAUUACUGAAAACACUGCUAUUCUUUCCAAAUACUUGGAUUUACCUCAAAAGGGUAAGGUCUUGGCUGAGUACGUCUGGAUUGAUGCUGAAGGUAACACCAGAUCCAAGUGUCGUACUCUUGCUAAGGCUCCUACCUCAGUUGACGACUUACCAGAAUGGAACUAUGAUGGUUCUUCCACCGGUCAAGCUCCAGGUUACGAUUCUGAUGUCUACUUGAGACCAGUUGCAUUUUACCCAGAUCCAUUCAGAAAGGGUGACAAUGUUAUUGUUUUAAACGAAUGUUGGAACAAUGACGGUACUCCAAACAAGUUUAAUCACAGACACGAAUGUGCCAAGUUGAUGAAGGCUCAUGCUUCAGAAGAAGUUUGGUUUGGUUUGGAACAAGAAUACACUCUUUUUGACCAAUAUGAUUACCCAUAUGGUUGGCCAAAGGGUGGUUUCCCAGCUCCUCAAGGUCCAUUCUACUGUGGUGUUGGUACUGGUAAAGUUGUUGCUAGAGAUGUUAUUGAAGCUCAUUACCGUGCUUGUCUUUAUGCCGGUAUUAACAUUUCUGGUAUUAAUGCUGAAGUUAUGCCUUCCCAAUGGGAAUUCCAAGUUGGUCCUUGUGAAGGUAUAGAGAUGGGUGAUCAAUUAUGGGUUGCUCGUUAUUUAUUACAAAGAGUUGCUGAAGAAUUUGGUGUCAAGAUUUCAUUACAUCCAAAGCCAUUGAAGGGUGAUUGGAAUGGUGCUGGUUGUCAUACUAAUGUUUCCACCAAGAACAUGAGACUCCCAGGUGGUAUGAAGGAUAUUGAAACUGCAUUAAGUAAAUUAGCCAAGAGACACAAGGAACACAUGAUGUUGUAUGGUGCUGAUAACGAACAAAGAUUAACUGGUCGUCAUGAAACUGCUUCUAUUGAAUCAUUUAGUUCUGGUGUUGCUAACCGUGGUGCUUCUGUUAGAAUCCCAAGACAAGUUGCUAAGGAAGGAUAUGGUUAUUUUGAAGAUAGAAGACCAGCUUCUAACAUUGACCCAUACUUGGUUACCGGUAUUAUGGUUGAAACCAUUUGUGGUUCCAUUCCAGAUGCUGAUAUGGCCAAGGAAUAUCUUAGAGAAACUUCUGAUUAA